AUUUCUGGAUCAGCAGGUAGAAGCAGGGUUACACGGUCGAUGUAAAAACUCACUGCAACCUGUGACCCAAACAGGAAGAUUCAAAGACUCAGCUACACUUUUAGGGAAACUAGUCCUAUAAUGGAUAUAUUCAGCACCUCUAGUGCAAUCAGACCAAGGAAGUACAGUUUAACUAAACUUCUGAAAACAACAACUGACACACUCCACUGGUUCUGAGGUUGAGAGCUGAGCCUGAUUGUCUGCAGCUCCUAAGAACACCAGGCCCAGCAGCAGCGGUCUGGCAUAACUGACUGUAACUACACAGAGGAAAGAGGAAGCGGUUUACUCAGAAGCAGAGGAGGGGUGAGUGGGGCGGCCUAAUAGCCAAGCUAAAGGCUAAUGAGCCCAGACCGGCUAUUCCAUCACUAAUCCUGGCUAAUGCACGCUUAUUGGACAUUGAAAUGAACUGAAACACAACAUUUAUUGGGAAAUGAUGAACUGUUGUGUCCUCCUACUGACUGAAAUCUAGCUUAACAACAACAUAUCAGAAACUACCAACUCAUUGGAUCGCUGCCCUGCCACGCUGAUCAGAAUUCCCUGUCGGGAAAAAAACGAGGAGGCAGAGCCUACAUAUACCUAAACAAAAUUCGGUGCACCAACUGCUCUCUUGUUACAGCCAUUGUUCUACAGCAGUACAACACCUUACAAUAAAAUGCCGACCACAUUAUCUGUUAUGAAAAUUUCCUGCAGUGUUUAUCAUGGCUGUUUAUGGUCCCCGAUCGCUAAUGCUAGCGACAUGCUCAGCAAGCUUCACUACACCAUUAGCUCGCUCCAAAACAAACACCUGAAAGCACUCAAUGUGUCUUAUUGUUCUGCUGUUCUGAUGGACUCUCAGUGGCCGUUGAUGAUAUUCUGCUCUGCAUGAGGCUGCUGUACUUUGCAAAUAUUUGCUUGUUUGCGGCCUGCCUGCUGCCACAGUACUUGUCUUGCUCCUGACGUCCAUCCUCCAUGUUCCAGAUGUUUCCAGUGAUGGGACUUAGUCUUGUAGGUUCAGUUUCUCCAAGUAGUUCAUGAUAAUCCACAGAGGUCCUGUUGUGUGAUAAGAUGGUGGCCAUUUCUAACAUACUGCAUCACUGUGGUCUUUUCUUCCCCUUUUCAUGUUUGAUCUACAGCGUCCCUCCAUAAAAGCCAUAUAAAGAACAUGUCACAUCACACACUGUCUGCACAUUUGCUGCAUGUUACUGUGCGCAUGUGUUGCACCAUUUUUCUUCUGAGAACAGAGACAUAAAAGGAUAUCAGUGGUAUCAGAGCGGACCAGGAAGAGAGAGCCAGUCUUCAGAGGGCUGGGGUCUCUGACAGACUCAGUCAUGGCUCCUCUGCUCUUCCUCCUCCAUGUCUUCUUCAUUAGGCUGCCAGGUGGUGACAGUGUGUGGACAUUCCAGUAUUUAACUGCACAGAGUGGAGAAUCUCUCACCAUCCCAUGUUUCUAUGAUCAGAAGUAUAAAGAUCAUGUGAAAUACUGGUGUAGAGGGGGAUUAUGGUCCUCCUGUACAAUCAUGGCACGCACAGACUCACCACAGAGCUCCAGUAAAGUGUCAAUCACUGAUUAUUAUGCCCAGCUAGUUUUCAAUGUGACCAUGAGGGACCUGGAGAAAAGUGACACUGGUAUCUACUGGUGUGCUGUAGAGAUUGGUGGAGUUGGCGAGAUGGACGACUCUAAGAACCUGUUAAUAGAGGUUAAAGAUGCUCGGAGUGUGAGGACUGUAAGCUGGGUACCUGCAGAGAGAGGAGGAUCUGUCACCAUCCCAUGUUACUAUGAUCAGAAGUAUAAACACCAUGUGAAGUACUGGUGUAAAGGGCGUGACUGGAAUUCCUGCUCCACAUUGGCACGUUCUGACUCCAAUCAGCCAGCAGGGAAAGUGUCAAUCAGUGAUGACCCCGCCCACCUGGUCUUUAAUGUGACCAUGAGGAACCUGAAGGAAACGGACUCUGACACUUACUGGUGUGUUGUGGAUAUUCAAUGGUUACCAGAUGAUGGUGUCUAUCUACAGCUGAUUGUGAUGGAAGGUGAAUUAUUAAAUUAG